AUGCAUGACGGUCAUGACAGUGAUAAGUAUUUGCGACUGCUGGGUGUACGAUUAGCGCAUUUGGUCUUCAAAAAUGAGAAAGUUGAAUCGCCAUACCCGCUGUACUUAUUUUGGAAGCGAAGAGAAUCAAUAGGAUACAUUAGUGAUGCAUCAAAUGACAGUCUUCUACUUCCACCUUUAAAACUCGAUAGCAACGGUGAAGAUUCAGAUGGUGUUUCCCGAGAAAUGAUUUAUUUGGAUCAACCACAGCCUUGCCCAAUUUGCAAAAUCACACUGCCGAAGGAGCUGAGUUUGGUGAAUCAGCAUAUUGAUGAAUGUUUGAAUAGGCAAGUGAUAAGUGAACUGCAAGACGCUCAAAACGCCAAUAAAACAACGUUGAAAUGUGGAAGCCCGAAAGAUAAGAUACCAAAAAAAAAGCUGGCGAAGGGAACAGUGCCUCCUAAUAAGACACCCAAGAAUUCAUUAGAAAAUUAUUUGACCAGAACACCGGCGAAAAUGUAA